AUGGCACUGGCGAUGGAGGCCAAUUUGUCCCUGGAUGUCCCACACGCGGAUUCCGUUAGCAUUGACGAAAUUGCCUCCGAUAUACAAUUCCUGUCCACGAAGACCUUGCAAGAUAUUGCCAGAGGUCCUCUAGUCAAGCUCAUCUCGAAUUGUGAUGAUAAAGAGAAGGUAAAACGCGUGUGGCAAUCGCUGAUCACUACACUAUCAACUACGUCUUUACCCCAUCAGCAUACAUCGGCUGCUUGCAAUGCGGUUGGGGCUUUUCUGGAAGCAGCUGUCAAAUCCAAAAAUGUCGAUACUAAAAGACUAGCGUUGUCGCUAGAAACAUGGCUGGCCGUCAUUAAUAUUUUUUUGAACCGCUACGAAGAUGCCAAACCGAAGCCACUCAAGCAGCUCUUACUCUCCCUGGCCACAAUUAUGGCUAGAAAUUACCAGCAGCCUCAAAAAGAUUCCGUGCAACAAUUAAUUGCCUUUGAAACAUUGCCGAGCAUUAUUCUCGGUGAGCCUCGAUCACGAUUAAAGACUUCUUUGACGUUCCUGGAAAUCUUUGUCCGCAAGAACGCCAUUUCGCCUUUGGAAUUGAUCACCUUGGCCCAAAAGUGGCUUACCGAUCACUUUGCGGAAUGGACUCCUAUAUUUGAAAAGGAUAGCCAAAUCCUUUAUUCCGAUUGUGAUCAGCAUCAGACUGUUGGCAUGCCCCGAGAACCGUCUCAACAAUUUGCCGCAAGAGUCUUCGUUCUUGGCUUGCUGAACCAAAGCACGAACCGGGAAUUAAGCGGAGCAUGCAGCGGUUUACUUGCAGCAUUUAUCCAGCGCAUGGGAACAGAAAAAAUUUCAUGGCCAAUAUCCACAGCUUGGGUUGCUCCGGUACGCCAUGUAAUGUUGCAAAACUCAAAUGAUCUCGACAUCUUGUCGACCAAUCUACUCGAACCAGUAUUUCUAACUGACCCCACUGGAUUUUUUUCGUUUGUGGAAAGUUUACCCUUGAAAAACGUCCUUGCGGGCGACAUACCUGACACUGAACAUUCCGAGUAUAUGCUUCUGCUUUCUGCUUUGAGGAUAGGCAAGAAGACCAGCCUUGUUCAUGAAGACUAUGACGCUUCUAAGUCCAAUAAAGGGAAGGAGAGUGUGAAACAAAAUUUGGUCCUGAAGAGCGAAGUUCUUGGCAAACUUCUCCUCCAUCGCGAAUCCGAUGUUCGCAUAGCAGCUCUGUCUCUCUUAAUUGCUGGAUCUUCAAGCAUAAAGCCAAUGACAAAAGCGGCGACUGACGCCAUUCUACAAGCGCUUCCAUCGCUGCACGCCGAAUCUGACUCCUACAGCCGAGGAGAAAUUCUGAGUCUGACGCGCAAGUUCAUCAUCCGACUCAAGAGCGGCAUUCUUGCAGAACAUGAUGUUUCCCAAGUAUCGCUUCAGGCCCCUGCGAAAUUAUCAGCUACAUUGACCGCUAGCAAUACCGAGACAAAAGAUUACUUGAGAAAGUACCUUGAUUUUCUUUUAAGCGACUUGUGUGUCACAGCAUCUUAUCCCCGGCACAUCAGCGCCCUCAAAGUGAUCAACUUAUUGUUAAUAUCCGGGCUGGAUUCCCGAGCUGGCAUUGCUCCAUUAAAGUCUGAAGUUGAAAGUCGAUGGAAAAUUCAAAUGGACAUUUUCGACAUCCGGCUACUGCGCUUGCUAGUGGACUUGCUCCUCGAUCAGUUUGAGGAGGUACGCCAAACAUCGCUUUCUAUCCUUAAUCUUUUUCCUCAAGAUAUCUUGAUGGUUGGACUCAUCAAUAUGCCAAAUGGACCAUCAGGACCCGGCACUCGACUUGUUGAUGCGCUGACCCGAGCUGAAGGCAUUGCGAGUAAAUCAAGCCGAGCCGAUCACGCUGAUACUGUUGCCCGUCUCUACCAUGUUAUCUUUUGUGCAGCAGGGUCUACUAGCUCUCGUGUUUCUCUCUCUGAUUGGUGGUUAACAAAAGUUUCCGUUGUGAAUACUAUUCUGGGUAAUUUGGAAGACCGACUUUCAUCUUCCAAUGGCUUGUUCACAGGAACUCUUCGGGAGGCCCCUCUUCAUGGGUAUAUGUCUGGACUUAGAUAUAUUGUGUCUAUGCCGGAUUUUCAUUCACUUAUCUCUAACGAUUCUACUUCUACAUUUUGGCGGAAUGUUCAUGACCGAAUCUUGCAGAUUUGCGAUAACGUAUGGCAAGAAGUGAAACCUGUUCUUUGUGUUGACUCGCCUGAAGGCCACACUGAUGAACCUAUUGACGAACUUUCGGUGGGGCCCAAAGACAUUCUCUCCUACUCAUGGAGAGCUCUGCGUGAAUCAAGUCUCUUGUUACAUGCAACAAUGUUCAAUGUCACAUAUGGACCUUCCGGACCUAAUGGACUUCAGCGUAUGGAUUUUGAGAAUGUUGGAAGAGCCAGUUUCACCCAACUGGCUGAGCUCCGUCACCGUGGGGCGUUUUCAACAGUCUCACAGACAUUUGCUACAUGUUGCCAACGGUGUAGCAGCUCGAAGGACCCAUCCAUCCAAGGCCUUCCUCAUGCUUGGUACCAAGAGGCCAAAUCAAUUCUUUUCGAGUCGGCAUCGAAGCUCACUCGCAGAUCUGCUGGAUUACCAGCAUUGGUUACCGGCAUUCUUUGUUCUAGUCCAGGUACUCAAUUCUUCAAGACUGCCAUGAAAGAGCUCCACGAUAUCUCUCAUCUUUCUGUGGAGUAUGACCAGAACCAGCAAUACUUGAAGCUUCCUCAAGUCCAUGCAAUGAACUGCUUGAAAGAUGUUUUUACCAACACCAAACUUGUUGCGUACACAGAGCCAUUCAUCAUGUCAGCUCUUACAUUAUCAGCUGAGCGACUUGGAUCGCCUAUAUGGGCGCUUCGUAACUCUGGCUUGAUGCUUUUCCGUGCUCUAUUGAGCAAAAUGUGCCGAGUGAUAACAGGCACCACCGCUGGUUUUGGCGGCGCCUCUGGUUCCGAACCCGGCUCUAAAAUCUCCUUUCAAAAAUAUCCUGGUUUACUAGAGCUACUAUCAACUCUUUUGGCGCCGACUGAAGGAACUAUCGCGCAACAAGGCACAGACAUUGUGACGGAACGAAUUUUCCCUGCCCUCGAACUGAUCGGAGAGAAAACUCCAUCCAUCGGAGACAGCAGCGAUGUCAUGAUUUGUAAUUUGGUGCGCGAGCAUCUCAAGAGUCCCGUUUGGGGAAUACGCGAACAUGCUGCACGUGUCUAUGCUUCCCUGCUGGCUCGUACUAAUAUUCUCAAGGAUGUACGCGAUCUGAUCGGUCUUCUUCAAGAUAAUGUCUCAGAAAACUAUAUCCACGGGACCGUUCUUUGCGUUCAAUACUCUCUCAGACGAUUUGAAGCUACGACUGAUGUAUUUUGGACAUCAAACGUGGACGAUCUUCAAUCCACACUCUGCCUUGUUUUUAAUUCGGCCUUCUCUGUUGCGCGAUCACCUUCUGUUGUGACUUCCCUUGUUGAGAUCUUGAAUGAUACCCUCGAGCGUAGCAUGCAGGCUCAAGUUGAAGAUCACUUUAUACCUUUACUCAACAAAGUUUUUGAUGAGCAUGACCUGGAGGGAGUUGUAAGCCAUCUGUUUGAUGUCUCGCAUGAUGAUUGGAAUCUCACGAGUUUGACUCGUGCAUCCUCGCUUCUCCGGAGGGCUCUUGCUUGGUGCACGAUGUUGAAAAUGUUGACUUCACAGAAAUGGUCUGAUAUACUCUCGUUCUACCAUGGCGUCCACCUGUUCGAUGCAGAUACGGCCCACUGGGUAUCUGAACGACUUCAGGAGACACUGAGUCAAGACCAUCGGUACAGGAAGCCUAUGGUCGAUCUAUAUUCAUGGAUCAUUGUGGGGCACUAUCGUUCAGACGUGAAGACACAGGCAGUAUCUAAUUUGGCAUACUUCCUGGAGGAACAGCUGGUGUCGCCGUCAAUGGAUCCUAUUGAACUCCCAGUGUCCCUAGAGGAGCUGGAAACGGGCUUCAGACCCCAUACGGAUAUCCAGGAAUGGAAUCGGCAGGCAACAGAUGCAGAAGUGCGUCUUCAAGGAUGCAUUCUGGCGCUGCAGGCUACAUCAAGCAAAGUCCAGGGCUUUUCCGUAAACACCGAUUUCAAGCACUGGAUUGUCAAGCUGCGCUCAGCACUUAGCGAAGAAACAGAAUUCACGACUCGCUACGCCGCUGUGAAAUCAGUACACACCUUUGUUAGAGGCCUUCGCACCGGAGAUCAACCCGCUCGAGCAGAUGCUGGCUUCUUUGAUCUGUACUUGAUCCUUUAUGACUUUCUGAACGAUGAUGAUGAGGAGGUGAGAGAUAUUGCUGCCUCUGCUGCCUCCUGGGUACUCUCAUAUUCGCCUAUAUCCCCUGACAAGGCAAUUACUCUGAGUCCAUUGAAUGCCAGCACGCAGUUGGUACAUUUUAUUAUUGAUCAUUAUUCGGACUCGAUGGAGCUUGCUCGACGUGUAAUUCGGUACAUUACUGGACAGGAAGCACGUAUCAGCGGCUCUGACGAUCAAACUCAUCUCUUGUCUGUCUCAGAUUUGAUUGCGGAGUACAGCCAGGAAAACACCGUCCUGUUUAGGGAAGAGAAACAGAAUCUGUUUAUUGAUGAGGUACGAGAGGUGGACAUGUGGUCUCAAGCCCUUCUUUGUCUGACCAGACAAGCCUACCCCGAAACUCUGUUGCGUCAGAUCUCCAGUUGGGUGUCCGAAGGAUUGGAAUAUCUCACAACACAGGUUACCCAGGAAGACAGCAUAGAUGGCCUCCUGGGCUGGAUUUCAAAGCCAGAAUCAUUCACGCUAGGCAUUCGGAUUAUCAGUAUAUCUUCUGCUUUGAUCUCUCCGCGCUUCUCGGCACCCGUGUUGAUGGAUGUUUCGCAGCAAACGCUUCAAAGCCAGUUGCAAUCGCUGCUGACUGGUGGAAAUGUUGUAUCCAUGCAUAGCAACUGGAUGUGCAGGAUACAGAAGGGCCUAGAUGUGAGAGGUAACGAGAUCAACCAAGCAUAG